AUGAGCGCGCCAUGCUGUAGAGGAAUUCACCCCGGGCUAUGCAAGUGCGGUUGGGCAGAAUCCAAGACCCAUCACGUUAGGAAUUUGGAUCGCGAGGUCGAGGAAGCCAUCAAACUGCUCAGCAGCAGCUGCAAAUACUCGGUGGGCCAUGUAGAUUUUGCGCGUGUUGACGGCGUAGUUCGACGUGAAGAUCCGGAUCCAACAGAGAGGGACCUGGUCUGCAUCGUUAAUGAGAGCCCGGCCUUUACCUGGCUCGUCCGUCUAGAUGCACUCAAGAAGUUUGUGCCCAGACUUUGGCAAUUCGUCACCAGCAAUAGAACACACAAUCCGGGCGGCACACACAAUUCUGGCGGCACACACAAUUCUGGCGACGCACACGAUCGUGGCGGUAAUAACUAUGGCAGUAGGCCGGAUCAUGGCUAUAGAACGGAUCAUGAUAAUAGGACGGAUCAUGGCAACAGGGCAGACCAGGAAAAUAGGGGGGCCGAUUACGGGAGUAAGUCAGAUCGUCAUGAAUUGGACAUUGAAAGUUGGUUUGAUAUAUGUGAAGACAGCACCUUAGUGUUUUCGAAGCCGGUGAGGUUUUACUAUCUGGAUGCGUUGGUGGAAUACGCGGCAACUG